UCAACACGUAUGCGAACAAAAUGAUGCGAUUAUUGCAGUCUCGUGCAGCAGCAUGCUGUACAAAAGAAUCAAUUACAAAGACGUUCAGUAGAUGGCGUCACCAUGGACGCGUAAUUGCUAUACGCCGUGAAGAUCAAUCAGUAUGGGAGCGCAGAGCUGCAUUAGGUCCUUCUCAUGUCCAGAAGCUCGUUAAGCAAGGUGUGAAGGUUAUAGUGCAACCAUCAAAUCGCCGUGCAUACCCAAUGCAGGCUUAUCUGCAGGCUGGUGCAAUUAUUCAAGAGGACAUUAGCGAGGCUUCUGUUAUUUUCGGUGUUAAACAAGUUCCCAUCGAUGCUCUUAUACCGGGCAAGACCUACUGCUUCUUCUCGCACACCAUCAAGGCGCAGGAAUCGAACAUGCCUUUGUUGGAUGCCAUUUUGGAGAAGAAGAUUCGUUUAAUCGAUUACGAACGCAUCAUCGACGAACGUGGCGCCCGACAAGUGGCCUUUGGCAAAUAUGCCGGUGUAGCAGGCAUGGUCAAUAUUUUGCAUGGCUUGGGUUUGCGUUUAUUGGCAUUGGGCCACCAUACGCCCUUUAUGCACAUUGGACCGGCACAUAAUUAUCGCAAUUCUUCGAUGGCCCGACAAGCAAUUCGGGAUUGCGGUUACGAAAUCGCUUUGGGCAUGAUGCCAAAAUCAAUCGGACCCCUAACAUUUGUCUUUACUGGUUCGGGAAAUGUGUCUCAGGGUGCUCAAGAAGUAUUCCAGGAAUUGCCAAUUGAAUAUGUGCCCCCAGAGAUGUUAAGGAAAGUUGCCGAGCAUGGAAGUCAAAAUAAACUGUAUGGCUGUGAGGUUAGUCGAUCUGAUCACUUGGAACGCCGCGAGGGUGGUGGAUUCGAUGCCAAAGAGUAUGACGAAUUCCCGGAACGUUAUAUUUCCACAUUCAGCCAAAAGAUUGCACCCUAUGCCUCGGUUAUUGUGAACGGCAUUUAUUGGGCCGUGGGUAGUCCAAAAUUAAUCAGCAUUCCGGAUGCCAAGAAUUUGUUGCGACCAGCUAAUACACCUUGGUUGCCAACCAGUAAGGGUAGUCCCUCCUUACCUCAUCGCAUGUUGGCCAUCUGUGAUAUUUCUGCCGAUCCUGGCGGUUCAAUUGAAUUUAUGAACGAAUGUACCACAAUAGACACACCGUUCUGUCUGUACGACGCCGAUCGCAACAAGGACACGAAGAGUUUCAAGGGUCCUGGUGUUUUGGUCUGUUCCAUUGACAACAUGCCAACACAGAUACCACGAGAAUCUACCGACAUGUUUGGUGAAUUGUUGGCACCGUUCGUUAAUGAUAUCAUAAAGAGUGAUGCCAAGAAACCCCUUGAAGAGGAAAACUUCCCCUAUCCUAUUAAAUCUGCCAUCAUUGCCAGUAAUGGAAAGUUAACGGAAAACUAUCAGUAUAUUCAGGAACUACGUGAAUCCAACAACUAUCGUUCACGCCACAAAAUUGAAGGACGUUCGGAUGCCGACAAAAAGGUGUUAGUCUUAGGAGCCGGUAUGGUCUCGGCGCCAUUGGUUGAGUGGCUACAUCGCGAAAAAGAUGUGUCCAUCACUGUUUGUUCACAGGUCAAGGAAGAAGCUGAUCGCUUAGCUAACCAAUACGCUGGCGUAGAUAGUGUCUACCUUAAUGUUACCGAGGGUACUGAUCAUCUGCAAGAGCUUUGCGGCAAGGCAGAUGUGGUGGUCUCAUUACUGCCAUACAGUUUACAUGGAAUGGUGGCAAAAUACUGCGUCGAUGAGAAGACCCAUAUGGUGACUGCCAGUUACUUGAAUGAUGAAAUUAGUGCUCUUCAUGAAGAGGCACGUCGCAAUGGCGUAACUAUCAUGAACGAAGUCGGUUUGGAUCCUGGUAUUGAUCAUCUGUUGGCAUUGGAAUGUAUCCACGAAGUUCAAGAAAAGGGAGGUGUGGUUGAGUCAUUUGUGAGUUUCUGUGGCGGAUUGCCCGCUCCUGAACACUCAGACAAUGCUCUGCGUUACAAGUUCUCUUGGUCCCCACGCGGCGUCCUGUUGAACACUCUGUCAGCUGCCAAAUACUUAAGCAAGGGACAGAUUGUUGAAAUUUCUGGAGGUGGUGACCUUAUGUCAAAUCCAAAGAGCUUAGACUUUUUGCCCGGUUUUGCUCUGGAAGGUUUUCCAAAUCGUGAUUCUACUAAGUAUGCCGAGCUUUAUGGCUUGGGUCGCGAUAUUCACACCUGUUUGAGGGGCACAAUUCGUUACAAGGGCUUUUCAGAAUCUAUUCAACCCAUGCAACUUUUGGGUUUAAUUGACCCUGAACCUCAUUCGUUGCUGCAUCCCAGUGGUCCCGAUCUAACAUGGCGUCAACUUGUUAUCCAUAUGUUGGGCUUGGUGGAUACCAGUAUCUUCUAUGAAAAUUUGAAACAGAAAUUAGUUGAACGCAUUGGCGAUGCUGACUGUUUAGAAAGUUUGGGCUUGUUGGAUGAAACGCCGGUUGUGAAGCUGAAUACUCCAUUGGACACCCUGAGCCAUUAUCUCGCUAAUCGCUUGGCCUUUGAACGUCAUGAACGCGAUUUGGUUAUUUUGCGUCACGAGGUAGGCAUUCGCUGGCAAGAUGGUCGCCGUGAGGAACGCGGCAUUAACUUUGUCGUAUACGGCCAACCACACGGUCACUCUGCCAUGGCUAUGACCGUUGGCAAACCUGCUGCCAUUGCCACCAAAAUGAUUUUGGAUGGAGAGAUCCAGGAACGUGGUGUUGUACUCCCCUUCACGCCAGAUAUCUACCGACCAAUGCUUCAACGCCUACGUGCCGAAGGCUUGACGGCAACCGAAACAUCAAAAUGGAUUCAGUAAGCGGCUAUAUCG